GAGAGAGAGAGAGAGAGAGAGAGAGAGAGAGAGAGAGAGAGAGAGAGAGAGAGAGAGAGAGGGGAUUUUUGUGGCGGGGAGAUGGUAGAUUACUUGGAGAGGCAAGUGCAUCCGCCGCCUGAACUGCAGCAGCAUUCGUCGAUACGCGGCAGAACGAGUGGGAGCGGGAGCGGUGAUAGCCAUCGCACCUCCGUCUCUCUUGCAGCCGGUUAUGGUGUCAUCAUGGGGAACAAUGAUGGCGGCGGUUUCCCACCCCAACCUGCGACCCUGCACAGAGGAGAGAGUGAGGAGGUGAUUCGGUCCUUCAUCAACCCUCUUCCUCAAGGUGACUUCAACUGGUUACUAGAAUCCCCAAGGCCGGUGGUGGUGGUGGGUACUAGGAGCGUGGCAGGGACAGGAGCGGUGGGAGUAGUAGUCGGUGGAGGGGAGGGCGGCGGGGAGGGAGGAGGCGCUUCUUGUGUGUCCGGUUCGGCGGCGGAAGGGGGGGGAUCCAGCAGCAGAGGUACAGUAACCCAAGCUUCAGGAGCGGCAACGUCUUCGUGUUCGGGUGCCAUAGCUGCGCUAACGGACGACGAUGACGGCUCCUUUCUUCAGGAGGGGAGCAGGUUCUCUUCGGGCCAGGAUGUUGUGAGUAGCCACGUGUCAUCGCCGGGUGAAACUUCGCUGAACGAUCAUGGAGAAGAGGUGCUCAGCCUGUUAAGAAGAGUGGGGAUGGGAGAUGAUGACGAAUCAGGUGAUGAGGAGGCAUCUACCCGGUCACCAUGUCCAGAUACCGAGCGACAGGUCAGACAGCUGUCAACGGAGCUGGCGACCACGUCAUUCUUUGAUGACCGGCGGCCAAUCGUGGAUGGGUUCUUCGCGAUCGACGUACCAGAUGCAGACGGAGAGGGGGGAGGCGGCGAAAAUGGAGGGGGGGGAGGAGGAGGAGGAGGAGGAGGAGGAGGGGAACGACGGAGCUUCGGCGUUAAUCGAGGAGGGGAUUGGCGGGGCUUCGGUCGGGAUGCGUUCGGACAUUUCAAGCGCUUCACGAUAAGCGCUAGAGCAAGCGACGGCCGGGUGGGGGGGAGCUUCGGCGGAGGAAAUGAAGUGGGAGUUAAUGGGGAAGAGCGGAGGACGAAUUCGUAUGGAGGAGGAGGUGUAGGAGGAGCAGGUGGAGGGGGCACAAGUGUAGGAGGAGGAGGAGGAGGAGGAGGGGGAGGAGGAAUGGGCGGGAGUUCCACUCCGUUAUCUUCCCUUGGAUUUCAGACCAAUGCUUAUGUGGGCAGUGGGAGUUGCCCUAGCUUCACAGAGACCGAUGGCAGGCAGGCGGCGUUCUGUUCACUUGCUUCGUCUGUUUCCAGGGGAGUGCGCAUGGGAGGAGGAGGGGGAGGGGGAGGAGAAAAUGAGACGGAUAGGGGUGGAGGUGUUUCGAGAGGAGAGGGAGGUGGUUUCCUAUUAGCUUGCUCUCCUCCUGUCGGGUCUCCUCUUACCUCCUGUCUCCCAUCUUCCCCGUCCUUGCCGGGCGCAGGCUUGGUGACGGGAUCUCCUUCUAUUUCUUCAGGAUUGGGAUACUCGGUCCCGACGGAUCCGGUACAUAGUGCGGUGAACGCGUUAAAGCGAAGUCUGCAGGAGAGGAAGGGGAGAUUAGGAGGCGGAGGUGGUAGUGGUGGUGGUAGCAGUUUAGGUGGGGGGGGAGGGGGAGGAGGAGGAGGAGGAGGAGGGAUCGCUGCUGGGUUAGGAGGAGCAGGAGGAGGAGGAGGAGGAGGAUUGGGCAGCGACUCGCGAGGGGGUUCAAUCAACUCAGGCGGUUUUGGCGGGAACGUGAUGGUGGGCACGAGAUUGGGAGAGACCCAGUCGUCGACGUUUUCGAGAGAGAAUUUGGGAGAGAGAGAUGGUUCAGCUGCCGCUACAACAUCAACAGCAUCAGCAGGCGGUGUCGCUGUUGCUUCUCCUUGUUCAGAUGGCAGUUCCCCGGCCAUGGAUGGCUUUCAUCUUCCUCCUCACCCCACCACCUUCGCCUGCUAUGGCUCCUCUUCCAUGCCUCCCCCUUCUUCCGGCUUGUCGUACGGAUGGUCAACGUCUUCGUCCUUCACUGAACAACUUAUGUCGGGAUCGGUGGUCGGGAUGACAGGUUCUCACUACUUAGGUGGUGGAGAUUCGGCGGGAGACGGCGGCGGCGGCGGCGGCGGCGGCGGCGCUGGCGGAGGACAAGGGGGGGGAGCGCAGUCGGGAGGCGGCGGUGGCGGCGCAAAUGAUUUCUUCCCUCCGCCGUUGACCACCGAAGUCUCGCUGGACAUUUAUCAGGUCGCGACCGGGAUAGAGCCGUCGGGAUCCUCGCUGAUGGCCUUGAAGAGGGAGCUGUCGAAAGGGAUGGCGUACGAGCAACCCCCAACGAAGAGGGUGUUCGGACUGACCCACGUGGCCUCCUGUCCGUCAUCCCCUUCCCCGCCCAUGCAUAUGGACGGUGGUGUACCUGUGUCGGGAUCGGGAUCGUUCGAAGGCCUUUCUCUCUCCAAGUCUUACGAUUUCACAGCGGUACGAGGCGUGGGAGGAGGAGGAGGAGGAGGAGGAGAAUUGGCGGGAAACCCAGCUAGAAGGAGCGGGGCCGCCGCCCUGGAUGCGGGGAUUCACGCAGCAGGGGGAGGCGGCGGCGGCGGCGGCGGCGGAGGAGGAGGAGGAGGAGGAGGAGGAGGAGGAGGAGGAUAUCUCCCGCGUCAUCAUCGUUCUCCCUCUCCGCCAGGGACCGUAGCAGGUCCUCUCUCGUCAGCAGCAGGAGGAGGGGGAGGAGGAGGGGGAGGGGGAGGGGGGGGCGGGUUUAGGAGUGUUGUUGUCAAUGGUGGCGGCGGGAUUGGGAUUACCUCCACCACCUCCUCCUCUCUUUCUCCCCCUCUCGCGUCGGCUUCAUCUUUGGCUUCGGCUUCGAGGACGGCGAACACCGUCGGCUCCGCUGCGGCGCAUGCCACUCUGGUGCAGUCUGCGCAGCAGCACCUCUCCUCCUCCCCCCUCCCCCUUCCUAAUUCCGUGUGUGAUAAUUCUAUGAGAGCUCCUCCCACUUCUGCUCUCUCCUCGAUGACCGCGAUCCCGACCUCCGCGGUCGGGGAUGACCUGGGGUUGUCGAAAAGACAUCAUAGAUUGGAGAGGAGAUGGAAGAUGACCGGCAAGAGUGGCAAGGACAGAAGCCUUUAUCCGUCCUCCUCGUCCUUGUCGGCAUUGUCGCAUGAUAUACCGACUCUUCUCAAGAAGUAUGAGGAGUUGGAACGGGACAACCGCGGCUUGAAGCUGCAGAAUUCGUUCAUGAACAGACAGGACUCAGAACAUAAGAUCAAGAUUGAGGAGCUGGAGCAAGAAAUUCACAAGCUGAAAGCCGUAAUACGGAGGCUAGAAGACCAAUUAAGGAAUCAGAAGGUUGUUGUAAAUGGGUGAGCGGUGUACUCGAAUCGUGAUUGUCAUUUGAUUGGGUUGUUUGAUUAGACGGCGGGGAUUGACUUCUGACACGUGUCACGUGUUGAUUGAUGUGUAAAUUGAUGAGUUGAUUGAUGAGGGGGUUAGUUGACGAGUGUGGAUUGAUGGAGGAUACAUUGGUAAAGACAGUGUUGGAGAUGAGAGGGGGGAGAGAGGGGGGAGCGGGGGGCGAGCGGGGGGUGGGGGGCUUGAGGAGAGAAGAAGAGAGACGGGGGGGCAGAGGGAAAGAAAGAAGUUGGGGGGCGGGUGAUUAAAGCACCAAGAAAGAGCUGAUUGAUGGGUUAUUAUAUUCAUCCAUCAUUACCUGGCAAGAAGGGAUUGAUGGGGUGUUAUUAUUAUAUUAAUCCAUCAUCAUCAAAGUGGGAGGGCCUGCUUGCUGCUUGUUUCCCCAAGUAGUGACACUAUGGUAUGCCUUGAUUUUUUUGCUUAAUUGGUGGAUUGCCCCAGGCCAUCAAUCUUGCUUAAUUGGUGGAUUGCCCCAGGUCAUCAAUUUUGCUU